AUGAAUAAUGAGCACACAAACUGUAGUCAUGUAUGGAAGAACAAAAAUAUUUCUGCUAAGUGGCUUGCAAACAAGUACAUGGAGAGGUUUAGAUGUAAUGUUGAAAUGCCUCCAAGAUUAUUAAGACAAAUAGUUGAUGAGGACUUCAAAGCUGAAAUUUCAAAAUGGGUGGCAUACAAUGCAAUGGCAAUUGCUAAAAAAGAGAUUCAAGGGAAUGCAAAGAAGCAAUAUAAGGACAUAUGGAGAUAUUGUGCAGAAAUUAAAAGGACACACCCAAAUACCACAAUGGAAGUUAUGUUUACUCCCUUCAGACAACCUGGAUGCAACCCAAAAUUUAUGAGACUUUAUUGCUGUUUGGGACCAUUAAAACAAGGCUUUCUUGACGGUUGUAGGUCCAUUAUUGGGGUUGAUGGAUGCCACAUAAAGGCUGAAUAUCGGGGACAGCUGUUGACUGCUAUUGGAGUAGAUCCCAACAAUGGAUGGUGGCCCAUUGCUUGGACAGUGGUUGAGAGGGAAGCAACUGAACAGUGGAAAUGGUUUUUUGAGCUGCUGAAGAAUGAUUUGCAGAUUGAAAAUGGGUAUAGCUACACAUUUGUUUCUGACCAACAGAAGGGUCUUGAUCGAGCAUUAUCUGAGGUACUACCAAACAGUGAGCACAGAUACUGUUGCAGCAUUUCAAGUACUACUGAGGGACUAUUCAAGAAAGCAGCAACAGAUCUGAAAAAAUUUGACAAGGAAGCAUAUGAAUGGGUGAAGAAAGCACCACAUCCCAGUCAUUGGUCAAUUCAUAGAAAUAAUGGCGACCCCUAUAAAGAGGUGUAUGACUGCUACAACAGAGAUCUGUUUCUAAAAAUUUAUAAAAAUGUUUUGUAUCCUAUCAAUGGACAAGUAAUGUGGCCCGAAACUGAUGGGGUGGAUCUUGAUCCACCAGAAAGGAUAGUGCAACCUGGCAGACCUAAGAAGGCCAGGAGAAAAGAUCCUACUGAAACUCAAAAGACUGGAAACAGGUUGCGGAGAAGGAUAGUCAUCCAUUGCAGAAAAUGUGGUGUUGCCGGCCAUAAUGCAGCUGGUUACAAGGUGCAGCAACAAGACAUGAACCAACAACAGAAUCAGCAGAACUAG